AUGUCGCGUAGCAGUACUCCAUCUCGAAUCCGCUGGAGUGAGGAUGGGACUAAACGGCAAGGGAAGCUGUUGACGCUCCAAGGCUAUUCGAGUCGGGACACUGAUGGAGUGGCAGUGGACGAAGCAUUUUUGUACAUGCAUGUGGCGUCCUUCUUGGCGUUCCAGCAUGUGCAGGAGAGGAGCGGAGUUGUGGUUGCCUCGUUACCAGAGCGACUGGGUGGGUGUGAUUUCGAUUGGACGUUUGAAGCCAGAGACACACAAAACUCGCCUCGUCAAGCUGUCCGUGCAUUGGUUGCUGCCACUACGGAUCCAACACAAGUCAGACAGUCAUCCACCUCCGCCACCUAUUUAUCCAACAUCACUACUGCUAAUAGUAGUACAAGUAUGGAAAACGGCUAUUGGAUUCUGUCACGCCCACAGCAAGAAGAACCAGAAGAAAAGACGCAACAACCUACUCAAUCUCCUACCGAGCAACCCACUCAGAAUCCAACUCAGUCUCCAACUGCUUCUCCUACCAACUCUCCCACGACAGCUACAACUACUAGUAGUCCCACUGGUACUGAAGCACCAACGUCCCUAGCUCCCACAGCGGACGUAUUAACAGAACCUCCGCGCACAGUUCCACCUCGAACGCCUCCUCCUCCAAGAACGUCUGUGCCCAUACCCCGAGAUACACAGCCUCCCUUUCUUUCCCCUCGUGGUGGGUCAAGAAAACGACAUCUACAGGACAUCACUGCUACCUCCGAAAACAACAACAACGAGGAGUGGCAAUUCCCCUUUGGCAUUGUAGGCGCUGUCUUUUCCAGUGUCACGUCUCCUCUGACACUGAUUGGACAAGCUUUCGAGUUGCCACAAAUCAGUGGCUCGGCCACAUCGGCACAACUGGACUCCUCUCCCUUUUUUGCCAGAUCCAUCCCCACCAAUGCGGGCGAUGCCAGAGCCGCCAUGCUCUAUUACCACAAUAUUGGAGUCACACAUGUCGCAUGUCUCUACAUCCGAGAUCCAUGGGGAAAUUACUACAAUGCCGACUUGCAACGGGCCGCCAAUCAAUUGAACAUUCACAUGGAGUCCUUCAGUUACGAUGAAAACAAAGCCAGUAUUGAGUCCGCAUUGCAGCAGCUCAAGCAAUCGGGAUUGAAGUAUGUCUACUCAAUUUUAUUUGAUUGGAGACCUGUCUUGUUGGCAGCACAAGAAAUGAAAGUCAUUGGACACGACGAUUACGUCUGGAUUGGAGCUGAAAUGUUCGAAUGGACAUCCGAAGCAUUGGAGUUAUCAAGACACGAUCCGGUCGAUCAAAAGCUGGCGCUGGCAUUACGGGGUGUGGGAUCGUUGGUAUUGGAUGGCGGUACCAACAACAAUGAGGGACUGCAAACCGCAAUGGCGGAAUUUGUCAACAGUACAACGCUCCAACAAGAAUACAUGUCGGCACACGUGUCACCGGAGGAUCGACACAUUUUUGACAAUUUCACCUUUGUCGUUCCGACGAUUGAUCCCUAUCAAAAAUUAUUCUACGAUGCCACCUACAGUUUGGCCAUUGCCGCGUGCGAGACGCCUGGACUCUUUACAGGGCCGGAACUUUUCGACACAUUGGUACAUCUCGAAUUCCAAGGCGUCACUGGCACGGUCACUUUUGAUACGACCACAGGGACACGCAACCCCGACAGUGUCACGUACCGCAUUGACAAUGUCUUUUGGAGUGACGAGCGAUCCGAUGAUGACUAUAUCCGGUUCGACACAAAUUUGGCUGUCGUGGUCACAAAGGGCCAAGUGGAACAUGCCCAUCGGUGGAUCCACUUUGACAAUACCACCCAUCGUCCAUUGCCCAUUCCACCAUUUGAACACGAUUAUAACUUGAUACCCGUGGGAGCACAAGUUGUGGGAUGGGUGUUGGGAAUAUUCGUCGCAGGCUUGAGUGUGGGCAUUAUGGCCUGGACAUAUUGCCAUCGCAAACGCUUUGUUGUACGGGCCAGUCAGCCAAUUUUCUUGGUCCAGGUGUGUGUUGGGACUUUGAUUAUGAGUCUGGCAGUAGUACCCAUGAGUAUGCAGGGGGAAGAAUCGACUCCUCGAUUGGAUGUCGCCUGCAUGGGCACUCCCUGGCUGCUCUUUUUGGGAUUUGUGGUUGCCUUUUCGGCUUUAUUCUCCAAGACAUGGAGAUUGAACAAACUCUUGGCAUCGGGUCAGGGGUUCAAGCGAAUUGAAGUACAAGCCAAAGACGUCAUGUGGCCGUUUGCUGUACUCAUGACCAUCAACGUCACUUUGCUCUUGGGGUGGACGUUCGUGUCACCAGCACAUUAUGUUCGGGUUGAUGGCAACGAUAUUGAUGAAUAUGGAAGAAGCCUGGAAUCAUGGGGGCAGUGCAAGAGCCAUGACAACAAGUUUCUGUACUUUUUGAUUCCCAUUCUCUUCUUCAACAUGGUGGGGAUUGCUACGGCCACAUAUCAAAGUUAUGUGGCCCGUGAUCUACCAACCACUCUGUCAGAAUCUUCGUAUCUGGCAGUCAGCAUGCUCAGUCUCAUGGAGAGUUUCUUCUUGGGUGGCCCCAUGUUGUUCUUGGUAAUGGGUCGUCCUACAGCUUACUAUUUGGUGGGUUCGGCCAUGCUAUUCAUUGUGAAUGCCUGUAUAUUACUCCCCGUGUUUGUGCCAAAGUACCUGCAGCGCAAUGCAACGCAGCGAGGAAGAGGAGGCACGGCAUCUUUGGCUUCGUCGGUCCCCCGUACAGGCAAUGGUGUCAGGCUCAGUGCCACGGCUGGACGAGAUGAAUUCACGGAACGGGGGAAGAUGCACAUUGCCCGUGCGUCCACGGGUACCAACAGCUAUCUGGAUUAUAGUAGUGGAACCAAUGGAACGGGUGAAGGCACACGCAGACGCGAAGCAGAGCCUGUCAAUGGAUUUGAUGGACAUGCCAGCUUUGGGCAAUGGCAGGGAGGAGCAGUGCGCUUUCAGGUUCAGGGGCUUCCACCGGUGGCAGAGGACAUGUAGUGUAGUUGCAAGCCAAUUUUGGGGCAGUUAAAGUGACAACUAUCCUGGUCACCGGUUCAGAUCGAUGUUAUGCCUUCAGCUGUAACCAGAUACUAUUACAAACCCAUCCUCUUUCCUUCGUGGAUCCGACGUGACUACUGUUGUCAACGCGCUACUGGUAUUUGCGGCACUUCCUUUCUAGCCAGCCAGACAGCGCUACGGUUUGUCGGUCUUCGCUUGGAUAUUUGUUUGCUCUCUUACUGUAGUCGUUUGGUUCUUGAAGCACAAAGAAAUCAUAUACUGUACAGGAAAUGAAGUGAAAUUGGGCACCGCACCCACCUGUUGGACGGACGCUUUUGCGACGGCAGAAUUGACGAGCAAUCGCGUCGACAACACUCGCAAUAUCGGGUUGCAUCUUGGCCAAUGUAAAACGGCUCUGUUGAAUCAAACGAGUUCGUCCCUGCCUCCUGAUUAGCAUCCAAGUGGUACAAGGUUUUCCCGUUCCCGUUGGCAGCCGUAUACGAAUUGCAAAAAGAUUAAGGGCUUCAAACGCCUUGGCUUCGUCAACGCUAGCUAGUACCGUAUGCUCCAAAGUCGCUCGAUUUGAGCGGACGGCUGACGGCUUUGACGGCUGACGGGCGGCAGUCUCGAGAGCGUUCUCUUGGACUAUCAUGAUUUUGAGUGAAUCUUUUGCUCGUGUAAGAGUACGCUCGAAAGAGAUUUCGGUCGGUGGUAAGAGAAUCGAUGUCACCAAGUAGUGUAGUAGCCAAAUCAAAAGGCACUUGAUGCGCUCCUGGCUGCGCUCUUCUGCAAUCGCCUCGACAACGUGAGACUACCCCCUGCCCCGGGGCCUCGCAGUGAAAAUCCCUGGUAGGCGCUGCGUCUUCAGGCACCACAAAGCUAUUGGUACCGGUACCAUACCAAGUAGUACUGUAGACGCCAUUGAGCCACCACAGUAACAACAAAAAAUGACAGUAGAGUGAUGUCUGCUCCUUCCACGAUGCUGAGUUCCACGAUCAAAACAAUGGGUCGUUUGUGCGUCUCGCGCAGGAUCGAAUUUAUUACUACUACCAGGUAGCUAGCUAGCUAGUAUGCAUACCUGGUACUUUCCACGUGGCAGGGCCAAGGGUAUUGCGUCUCUGAGGAAGGAUGCCCUGCAUUGUGGCUGACCAGUCGCUUCACAGGUGGCCGCAGAUGCUCGUUGAGGGUUUGAGAGUCGAUUUACGGUCUUCGCGAUCUACGGUAUUGAUACUGAUAGUAACCAUCCUGCAGCUCGGAGCGCAACACACUUGGCUGGCCUAGCUAGCUAGCUAGUGGCGAGAAACAUUUGGAACACAAGGAUGACAAUGGGAGAAAAUUUGCAAUUAUAAAAUUAAAGUAUAAGGAAGGAGGUAUAAAACUGGAAGGAAG